AUGUCUCGCCCCGAGGAUACUCUUGCGGCCGACGUCUACUACGACGACUCGGAAGCCCGCAAGUACACCACCAACUCCCGCAUCCAGAACAUCCAGGCCUCCAUGACCCGCCGCGCCCUCGAGCUCCUCGACCUCCCCCACCCCUCCCUCAUCCUCGACGUCGGCUGCGGCUCCGGCCUCUCGGGCGAGAUCCUCUCCGCCCUCACCCCCGAGGAGCAGGGCCCCCACGUCUGGGUCGGCAUGGACGUCUCCCCCAGCAUGCUCGACGUCGCCCUCCAGCGCGACGUCGAGGGCGACCUCAUGCUCGCCGACAUCGGCCAGGGCGUCCCCUUCCGCGCGGGCAGCUUCGACGCCGCCAUCAGCAUCUCCGCCAUCCAGUGGCUCUGCAGCGCCGAGAGCAGCGACACCUCCCCCGCGGGGCGGCUGUCCCGCUUCUUCAACGGGCUCUACGCCUCGCUCAAGAGGGGGGGCCGCGCCGUCUGCCAGUUCUACCCCAAGAACGACCAGCAGAAGAAGAUGAUCACCGAGGCCGCCGUCAAGGCCGGGUUCGGGGCCGGCCUGCUCGAGGACGACCCCGGCACCAAGAACGUCAAGCUCUAUCUCGUUCUUACUGUCGGCGGCACCACGAUCGAAGGAAAGGGCGACAUCACCGGCGUCGUCGAGGGCAUGGAGGGCGUGGACGUCAUGGACAUCCGCAGGAAAGCAAAGAACCUCGGCGAUGGGCCGAUGAAGAAGGGCAGCAAGGCUUGGAUCAUGCAGCAGAAGGGACGUAUGGAGCGCAAGGGCCGUAUCGUCAAGGCAACGUCCAAAUACACCGGCAGGAAGAGACGACCAGUCUUUUAA